CAUUUAAACAGACGGGCAGUCGAAUAAGUUGCAGACAAUAUGUUUCACUUUUUUUAGGCCCAAAAUUUAUUAUAAUUAAUUUAAUUUUAACUUGGAAUAAAGUUGACAAAUUUAACGUUCCUUGUUAAAAAUUUGUUUAGUUCAAGUUCAAAGAUUUAAAUAUUCAAAGGACUUUUGUUAUUCGAUAUCUGACUAAACAUCUUCUCAAGUCUGCAUAGAAAAUAUUUUUUUUUUGAGCUCAAAUCCUACCACACAAAGUAGAAAUUUCGUACCAUCAAAAAAUGUUGAAAUUUUACCAAAAUAUUUUACUAAUCACACUGGGUGCCUUUCUACUGCACUCAGCCACAUGCCAAAAUCAAACAGAUCGAAGCACCGUGGUCUGGGCAGUCUCUGUAGACUCUGUUGACCCAUCGGCCACCAAGACGACACCACCACCGACCACACAGACGUCCACAACGUCAACCACCAGCACCACGAGUGUCACUAGUACCACUGUACGCUCCACCACGUCAACGACAACCACCGCAAAGACAACCACCUCGACACCUAGGCCAACACCUACUUCAACCAAACCGAAUACACCGACUUCCAGGCCAAGCACCCCAGUCGAUGCCACCAUUCAGGCUGAAGUCACAAAUACCGUAUUGUCUCUGCUAAAUGAGACUGGUUAUUCAGGAAACGCUAGUGACACUAAAGUCCAAACUUUAGUGAACAUGUUAAUGAAUGGUGUCACACCAACUGACCAAGACCUCAUCGGCCUGGGCAUUAUUCCAGCCUCUCAAGCGGCAACAACUCCGCCUACCUAUGUGGUCCAAGGUGGAGGUAGUGCCCCAAUUGACCCUACAUUGAAUUUACAGCCCAGUGGUGUGCAGCCUGCACCAGUGCAGCCUGCACCAGUGCAGCCUGCGUUUCCAACUCCCGCACCUGCUGGAACAAGUGGAGGUCUUAAUUUACCACAGCUUCCUGGAACAGGGUCAUUGUUUCCUUCGCUACCCACUAGUGGUGGAUCAUUCUCAAGUCUAAAUAGUUCGAGUCUUUUCCCUUCAAUACCGUCAGGUUCAUUUCCUAAUUUAAAUGGUCUGUUUCCAAAUCUUAUACUGCCACCAACUACAACGCCCAAACCAAACAUAAUGGACCCACUAGGAUCUUUGGGAGGCAGCAGUCUCAAUCCCACCAACCCCAACGCUGUAGGCCCAAAGCCAAUGUCACCAGAUCUUCUCUCCGGCUUAAUUCCAAACAUGGGAACUCCGGGAGGAAUCGCACCUCCACCUCCAAGUGGUAUCCUUGAUACACAGCAACAGCAAGCAAUUCAAAAACAACAACAGAAUCCAUUCAAUAAUCCACUCAUGAUGAUGAUGAUGAUGAAUCCUGAAAUGAUGGAUAUGAUGCUUAGUGGGGAGAAUCCAUUGAUGACAAUGAUGCUCUUCAAUUCUAUGCAAGGAAACCAUAAACAACCUCAGACCACACCUCCACCAACAGGAUUAGACAUGAUGGGAAUGUCUGGAAUGGGUGGAAUGGCUGGCAUGGGUGGAAUGUCAGGCAUGAGUGGACUGUCAGGCAUGAGUGGACUGUCAGGCAUGAGUGGACUGUCAGGCAUGAGUGGAAUGUCAGGCAUGGGUGGAAUGCCAGGCAUGGGUGCGUUGUCAGGCUCAGGCGGAACUGGCAGCUCAGGAUUUGAUAUGCUGGGUGGUCUGUCUACUGGUGGCUUACCUUCGUCCCCACUUGGAGGUACUGGAACAGCCGGAGGGGCACCAUCACCCAGUCUUACAGACUUGAUGAACAUGAUCAAUUCAGCACCUAAAACUGGUACUGGUGGACUUCCAACUGCCCCUGGUGGACUUCCAAACAUUGAUUUUGCAUCUAUGCUGGGUUCUGGAACACCAACAGGAAUGUUGGCGGGAGGAACGCCUACUGACUUGACGAGCUUGAUGAUGACUGGUCCACAACCAACAGCAGCAGUAGGACCUACCCCAACAAUGCAAGAUCCAUUCAUUGGUUAAACACAUUGGGCUAGACUUAAUUUUAUUCAAAUUGAAACUCAAGUGUUUGCAGUAUUUUGGCGUCUUAAACAAAGGGGAGACAACUAAGAGACAAGAGUGGUUUUAUGGUGAUUGAUUAUUGUCAGUUUUUAUUUUUUCUAGUUCAACUUUCAAUCUCUUCAUGUAUGUUUUGUAAAUGACAUUUUUGAUCUUCAAUAAAAUAUCUAAGUGUUUUGA